AUGUCCAACAUCAGCGAGUUCCUCCUCCUGGCGCUGGCAGACACGCGGCAGCUGCAGCUCCUGCACUUCUGGCUCUUGCUGGGCAUCUACCUGGCCGCCCUCCUGGGCAACGGCCUCAUCAGCACAGCCGCAGCCUGCCACCACCGCCUGCACACCCCCAUGUACUUCUUCCUCCUCAACCUUGCCCUCCUCGACCUGGGCUGCAUCUCCACCACUGUCCCCAAAGUCAUGGCCAAUGUCCUCUGGGACACCAGGGCCAUUUCCUAUGCAGAAUGCACUGCACAGGUCUUUUUCUUUCUGGUUUUAUUUUCAGUGGAGUAUUCCACUCUCACCAUCAUGUCCUAUGACUGCUACAUUGCCAUCUGGAAGCCCCUGCACUACGUGAGCCUCCUGGGUGGCAGAGCUUGUGCCAACAUGGCAGCAGCUGCCUGGGGCACUGAGCUUCUCCAUGCUCUGCUGCACACUGCCAGUAUGUUUUCACUGCCACUCUGCCAUGGCAAUGCUGUGGAUCAGUUCUGUGAAAUCCCCCAUCUCCUCAAGCUCUCCUGCUCAAACUCCUAUCUCAGAGAAAUUGGGCUUAUUGCGCUUAGUGUCUGUUUAGGCUUUGGAUGUUUUAUCUUCAUUAUAAUUUCCUAUGUACAGAUUUUUAGGGCCGUGCUGAAGAUGCCCUCUGAGCAGGGACGACACAAAGCCUUUUCCACGUGCCUCCCUCACCUGGCUGUGCUCUCCAUUUUUCUCAGCACUGAUUUUUUGGCCUACCUGAAGCCCCUUUCCCUCUUCCCUUCAUCCCUGGAUGUAGUGAUAUCAUUUCUGUACUCAGUGUUGUCCCCAGCAGUGAAUCCCCUCAUCUCCACAGCAUGA